UUCGGACAAGGGCCCGUUGUCCCCUAGUGAUACUAGGCGACAAAUCUUUGAAGAAGUAUCGGAGACGCCGUUGCAAAGACAAAGGCAAGAACAUCAUCAUCAUCAUCAUCAGGAUCUACAUGUAAACAAUCAGGCCGCGUGUGACACCCUCAGCCCCACGCUGGCCAGGCGCGGCGCCCCACACACCAGAACACUUCCUGCCACAGCUACACUCCCCCACACCAGCCGCAAGGCAGCCCCAGCCAGGCUCCACACCCUCAGGUCAGCCUGUGACACCCUCAGGGGAAUGCUCACGUUUUUGGGAUUGCUUCAAAGCUUGACGAGACACCUCUCCCAGGCUCCCUCCUUCACGCUGGACCACCCCUGGAGGAGGACUCCCUGGAGCCUGCCAAGGAGUACAGGGAUGCUGACAUCAAUGAGGCUAUACACGAUUAUGAACCAGUUGGUGAAGGGCUGGAGCCUCCUCCAAGCACCCCUGUGUGACAGUACAGCUGGUGAACCCACUCAGGACCAGAAGGUGAUGAACCAGUUGGUGAAGGGCUGGAGCCUCCUCCGAGCACCCCUGUGUGACAGUACAGCUGGUGAACCCACUCAGGACCAGAAGGUUGAUGAGGGUAAUCUUGAGAGCCAGCACCAGACCCUGGCGCCUCCUCCACCCCGGCCAGGAUCCCUCCCCCAGGGCCCAUGGAGCCACCAGAGGUACCUGGUUUUUAGCUUACUAAUUGGGUCAUCUGAAGCACGGGGUCGCUGCCAGCCGGGCCAGGCGCCGCGGGACAAUGUGGCGCUGGAAUACUCCAGUAACAAUGGGCAGACGUGGGCAGCACUGCAGCGCUUGGAGCCUCAGCACACUACUCGCAGAAAGGAGCCGUUCUUCGUCCCGCUCCCACCCGCAGCCCGCACCAGGCACACUCGCUUCCGCUGGUGGCAGGCGCCUGGGGACAUGCUCUUAGCAGACGAACCUUUUCCUGAGAACUGUGCAAUGUACGGUCGCCCUUGAACACUUGCAAUUCCCUGUGCAAGACACUUCACAGCCACAUCGCAAUAGGACGGAACAGGCUUUGCUGCUGUCCUCAAGAGUUGUCCAGAAUGGCAGCCAUUCACCAGUGCUGGUCUUCUGCCAGCCCCAGUCUUGGAAAUCAGGGGUGUCCAGUUGGACUGAUGUCGCUUGCCUCCAGAAGAAGCAGGUCUGCAGCAGCGCUCUGAGGAUGUGUUGAUACAGAGCUGCUUGUGUUGGUGGCAAGUCUUCCAAUUUCUUCUUCCCGCUGGUGAACAGUUUAUGCCUUGCUUCAUUGACUCCUUCCAGGCCACAGCUCUUGCUGUACAUGACUACGACAAAGCGUUCUAGCUUGUGCAUGUGUUGAGAUUCAAGGCUGAGCUCAUGCGGGUCUCUAGUGAGGGCUACCAGAGUCUCUGUCAUUCCCGAGGUAUUCUGCCAGGCUGACCAGGCUGU